ACAGAGCGAAAGAUGUGAAAGCUCGUUGCCAGGCUGCCGUCGAUUCGGGCUUUGGGAUGCUCUUCGAUCACGUGGAGCCCAUCCGCAGGGCCAGGGACGAGCUCGAGGCGUGCAAUCAGAAGGAGCAGCUAAUGGUCAGGCUUAAGGAUCUUCUGAGCCGCCAAAUGGAGAGCAUCAGUAUAGGUGGAGAGAGUGUAGCACCUGUGGGCCAACAGGAUUCGCCCGACAGCAUCCUGUACCAAGAGUUAGCCAGGCUGCGGAGCCAGCAGCAGCGCAUGGAGGCCCGGCUCUUGCAUAUCAAUAAGGAUCACAACGAAAGAAUGAACAGGCUCAAGGCGAACAUCGGGGGCAGGCUCAAAGUGGGGGAACGGAACUUCCAGCAGACAAAGCACGAGCUAAGCAAGAGACUGCGGAGCAGUGAGGCCCAACGAAUCGAAAGCGCAAGGCAGCUGGAAGUCAGGAAAGCCCCUCUGACGGCUAGGGACAGCAGCAUCGCCUCGAUCAGGCCCUAUAUGGAACAGCUGAUGUCCCUCAAUGAAGACCUGCAGCACCAAGUGCAGGAGUCGGAUGAGGCGCUGCUACGGACGCGGAGAGAGCUCGAAGGCAGCAGGGAGCACAAAGUCUGCCUGGAGGUGCAGCUGGGGGAGGUACAGGCGCAAAUACUCGAACUGCAGAGACGUCGGGAUAUCAUGGACUUGCACGAUGGAGAGAAGAGCAACGAUGAGCUGGAAACGAAGAUCAGCGAGCUGCAGGAGAAAUUAAGUAGCACAGCAAUGCAGGUGGACACCCGGGAACAAAGGGCAGAGCAGCUGCACUCGGAUCUGGAACAUGUGCGGGCUGAGCUGUUCGGAUUCGAGCAGCUCAUGGUCAGGUUGCGGGAGCAGGGUAUUCACGACCGCAUCCUUAUAUCAAGCUGCACCGACGAAGUCAACGUGUUAAAGCAGACCAAUACUGCCAGCCGCGAAACGAUUGAGCCACUGGAUUUGGAAGGAGGCACCGAGGAGGACACACAGUCAGAUCUGGACUCGCAGCUGGACUCGCAGCAGGAACAGCACCAGCAGCUAGGCCAUGUCUGCGGACAGCAGGGGGGCCUGGCAGAGUUCACAAACAACAUGUCGGAGCUUAACGAUUGCCUCUUGCAAAUCAGAGAUAGGCAGCACGAGAAGAAUAUUCAACUAGAUCUGGAGAUUUCCCGACUAAGGAGCCCAAUGUUCGCACCACAACAGUCGUCCACUCUAUUCGAUGCCUUUUCUUUUUCGCUUGUUCUCCAUUUUAUCAAUAAAUGAAUUUG